AUUAUGGAUGGUCAGGACAAACUUAUAGACUUUGCUUCCCAAGGCACAGAGGGCUCAUUUUCAGAGUCACAGACUAAUGGAGCAUUCCACAAUCACUUCAUGGAGUCUGUUCAGCCAUUGAUUGAGUUGAUUGAUUCUCUGAGGUUAAUUGGCAUUGAUAAGGAUAUAGAUCUACCAUCCAUUGCUGUGGUGGGAGAUCAGAGUUCUGGAAAGAGUUCUGUUUUGGAGGCACUUUCUGGUGUGGCUUUACCACGAGGAAGCGGUAUUGUCACUCGCUGUCCUCUUGAGUUGAAAUUAAGAAAGUUAAAAAAAGGACCAUGGUCAGGGACCAUUUCCUACAGUGGUCACAAAGAGAACUUUAAUGACCCAUUAAAGGUGGAUAACUUUGUCAGAGAAGCUCAAAAUAAGCUUGCUGGAAAUACAGUUGGAAUCAGUGAUGAACUCAUCACUUUGGAAAUUUCAUCUCCUGAUGUUUGUGACCUUACUCUUAUCGAUCUACCCGGUAUAACCCGUGUACCUGUGCAUGGUCAACCUGAUGACAUUGCUGAUCAGAUCAAAAACCUGAUAUUAAAAUACAUUGCCAAAAGUGAAACCAUAAUUUUAGUUGUUGUGCCCUGCAAUGUUGACAUAGCAACAACAGAAGCACUAAGAAUGGCGCAAGAUGCAGACCCAGACGGAUACAGAACUCUUGCAAUUCUCACAAAACCAGACCUCAUUGAUAGAGGAGCUGAGAUUGAUGUUUUGAACAUUGUCCAGGGAAAUGUCAUUCCUCUCAGCAAAGGUUACAUUAUUGUGAGAUGUCGUGGUCAGAGUGACAUCAACAACAAAAUCCCUCUUUCUAAGGCCAUGGAGAUGGAAAGUAAAUUCUUUAAGAACCACAGAUAUUUCAGCUCUCUACUGAAUGAUGGUAAAGCAUCUACUCAAUGCCUGGCGAACAACUUGACCAAAGAACUGGUUGAUCAAAUCAAGAAAUCGCUGCCCUACUUGACUGAGCAGAUUCAGACUGGGUUAGUCAAUGGGGAAAGGGAGCUUAAAAACUACAAUCAGGGUCCACCUGUGGAGGAAGAAAAGAUGGGACCUUUUCUCAGUGAGAUAAUAAUGGAGUUCAGUGAUCAAAUACAUGAACUGAGCAGAACAGGACAUUCGAAAGACAGAAACAUUCAUGCACUUCUACGUCCUGAGUUCAAGAAUUGGGACAACUACCUAAGAAACACUGAAAAAUCAUUCACAACAGAUGUAAAGAAAAUGAUAGAAAUGUACAAUGAGAAACAUCGUGGCAGAGAAUUGCUUACAUUCAGUGAGUUCUGUGAAUUUGAAAGUGUCAUCAAAGACCAUGUGGCAGACCUUCAAGAGCCAGCUAUAGCAACCCUGAAGAAAGUACGAGAGAUUGUUCAGAAUGUUUUCAAAGAGGUGUGCAUAUUAUGUUUUGACCAGUACCCUUCAAUGAGAUACAUUGUAUCUAAAAUGAUUCAUGACAUUCAGUCAAAACAAGAGGCCAAAGUGGAGAAAAGAAUCAAGGAGUUUAUUGAUAUGGAGCAACUGGUCUUCACCCAGGACAAGGUUUUACAAAAGAAACUCGUCAACUCUGAUAUCCCAGAGAGAGCGCAGAUGGACUCUGGUGAUGAGAACCCUAACGCUAACGACUGUUAUGAUGAGGACAAGAUUUACAAUUCUAAAGGCUGUGCAUUGUUGGACUCAAGAAACUUUGUACCAGACAAACUCGUUCUCUAUUAUGAGAUUGUCUAUCAACGCCUGACAGACUAUGUGCCCAUGCUGAUAAUCCUCUUCAUGCUGAAGGAUGCAGCUAAGAUUUUACGGCAUCAAAUGCUAGAACUGAGGAAUGGAGCAGAUGUGGUCAAACUGCUGAGUGAAGACUCAGACCAAGGGCGAAAAAGAGUUGAUCUGAAGCAGCGUCUGGAACGCCUCAAACAAGCUCAAGAAUUAAUAAGCAGCAGGAUCUGAUAUAAUUCAUUACGUUAGGGAUAUAAAUACAUAUAGCAUCAGGGCUAUCAAUCAAUUAAUUAUUCUACCAAUCAUUUAAAUCAAUAACACAUAGAGUUAUUUAGAGUAAUUUAGAGUUGCAUUUAGAGUUAAAGAAACUGUAUUAUAUUUUUUACUAAAUUUACAGAAUUUUAUUGUAAUGCAAUUUUGUUGGCCAAAACCCAGAAAUUAGUUAUGUAGCAUUGUAGCACUUUGAGUUCCAUUAUUCUGAAGUUUUUUGGAUGAGAUUUUGGUUUGGUAUGGAUGGGAAAAAAAAUAAUAUUUGGAAGUUGUAUUAUACAACACACAACACAUCAGUGAUUUAAAAACAAAACAAAACAAAAAACUUGUCUUGAAAAAGGCAGUUGGUAACAAAUGGCUACAUGGGACACAAAGUUUGAGUAUAUCAGUAAUUAGUGCUAUACAAAUUAUGUAUUGAUUUUAUAUAUUAAAUUAAGAUGAAAUUUUGCCAUUAAUUAGUCAGAUAUCCUAGAACAUUAAGUAUAGGUAUGAG